AUGACCACCCCAGCUGUGAGUGCCAUGUGCUCCAGGCUCGGUGCCUCGCUGCUGCUCCUGCUCGUGUCUCUGGGGUCGAGUUGCGCCGCCAGUCUGUCCGGGCACAGCCAGCAGGUACGGUCCGAGGCAUUGAAGAGGCUGCUGGAGGUGUUCGGCAUGGAAGACGCCCCGCAGUCCCCUCCCAGGCUCCGCCACCCUCCUCAGUACAUGCUGGACCUCUACAACACGGUGGCAGAUGUGGACGGAGUAACCAAGGAGCCCGACCUGCUGCUGGGAAACACGGUGCGCAGCUUCCUGGAUAGAAGCCGCAGUCAGCAGUUCCAGUUCUUCUUCAACCUGUCCAGCGUGGCCAAGAGCGAGACCAUCUUGACCGCUGAGCUACACCUCUUCAAACUGCGAACUCGACUCUCACAGGGCAUCCUGUACCACAGGCAACAUUUCUAUCAGGUCAGUGUCUACCAGAUAUUGAACAGUAAUAACACGUCUACAGCAGAGGGGCAACAAUUGCUUUCAUCCAGAGUACUGGCAGUCCAUGACAGCACAUGGGAGGUCUUCACAAUCACUCAGGCUGUCUAUGCCUGGACACAGGAUAAAAAGAGCAACAAGGGCUUGCUGGUCAUUGUGCGAACUCUGGCUGGGCAGCAACUCAACAAUCACAGCGUCCGCUUUGCCACAGGGAGAGACCAUCAUACCAGCAAGCAACCAAUGCUGGUCCUCUUCACAGAUGAGAGGAGAGGGAUUGCCUCCUCCACUUCCUUAAAAGAUGUGGCCGCAGAGACUCCAUCACUCCCUUAUGCAACACUCAAGAACAAAGCAAGCCAGAACCGGAACACAAGGUCCUUAGGUUUCCAAGCGUGUCAGAGGUAUCCUCUAUAUGUAGACUUUGAAGAGAUUGGCUGGGCUGGUUGGAUUAUUUCCCCUCGAGGUUACAAUGCCUACCACUGUAAAGGGGCAUGUGUCUUCCCACUGGGCCAAAAUAUGAGACCCACCAACCAUGCCACUGUUCAGUCCAUUAUCAAUGCUCUUAAGCUAGCCAAUGGCGUGGCAUCUCCGUGCUGCAUCCCAGACAAGCUGUUUUCCAUUAAUCUUCUCUAUUUUGAUGAUGAUGAGAAUGUGGUCCUGAAACAGUAUGACGACAUGGUUGCUGGCAGCUGUGGGUGCCAUUAACCUAUUAUCAGCCCUUUAAUUCCCACCCAAUUUUACCAGGAAGGAAAUUAUAACUACCAGUCAGAGCCAUAACCAUGCCAGUAUUGCAUAAUGACUGGCUCGAGGUGAGCAACAAGCAUCCUCAAGAGAUCUGGAAAUCGUGGGACUAGUAGGAGUCUCUUCAAAAUUGCAAUCAUGAAAGGAAGGCGUCAGAGAAAUUGAAUUUUUAUAAAAAUGGUCACUCCAUAAAG